AUGGGGUUGUUCACGAAGAAGACAACAAGCCCGGCGUCAGCCACUCUCGAGCCGACCAAUCCAAACAAUGUCAAGUCUGAAGAUACCACUGCCGUACCCAGCCAGAAUGUGUCGGACACGGAUUCAUUGGAGAAGAGUAGAGAUGUAGAGACAACUGUCGUGGAUGAAAAGGGUUCCGAGACCCAACAGGGGAUGGGAGACGCUGCCAGGGGGACAAACCCAACCGCCAUCCCUUCCGAGGGCACACCGUAUCACCCAUCGGAGACUGGGGGAAAGACUCAAGAGGACGUACAGGUCCAGAGUGACGCAAAGAGCACGACUUCCGCGAGUGUCGUUGUCCCUGCGGGUGUGAGCGCGGAAGAUGAAGAUGAGAUAGUCUAUCCUGGAGGACUGAAACUGGGACUGAUCACACUGGCCCUUUGCUUGUCGGUGUUCUUGGUCGCGCUCGACAAUACCAUUAUUGCGACGGCCAUUCCCAAGAUUACAGAUCACUUUAAUUCACUAGGUGAUGUCGGUUGGUAUGGGUCGAGUUAUCUGCUCACUACUUGUGCCUUGCAGUUGUUCUUUGGAAAGCUCUACACCUUUUACUCCAUCAAGACGGUAUAUCUCGUCUCCAUCGUCAUCUUUGAGGUUGGAUCGGCCGUUUGUGGUGGUGCUCCAACCUCUGAUGCGCUUAUUGUUGGUCGUGCGAUAGCCGGAGUCGGAUCCGCAGGGAUUUUCAGUGGUGCGUUGGUUAUCAUCGCAUACACUGUCCCGCUUGUGAAACGACCAAUCUAUACUGGUGUUAUCGGAGCCAUGUAUGGAAUCGCUUCGAUUGCUGGUCCGUUACUGGGUGGCGCCUUUACUGACGGGCCAGGUUGGCGGUGGUGCUUUUAUAUCAACCUCCCCCUUGGAGGUAUAACCCUGGUCGUCAUCUUCUUUUUCUUCCACUCCCCCGUCCGCAAGGCAGAGAAGAAAGUACCAUGGCGAGAACGCGCGCACCAACUCGACCUGGUCGGCACUGCUCUCUUCAUCGUCGACAUUGUCGUCUGCUUGCUGGCUUUACAGUGGGGCGGCUCCAAGUACCCUUGGUCCAACUGGCGGAUCAUCCUAUGUCUCACGCUGUUUGGUGUCCUAACCAUUGUCUUCAUCAUCCACCAAUACUUUAUGAAGGAAUUCGGUACCAUCCCUUUCAACAUCAUCACACAACGAAGCGUGGCAUCUGCUGCUUGGUUCGCGUUUGCCCUCGGUGCGGCAUUCUUCGUCUUGAUCUAUUGGGUGCCGAUCUGGUUCCAAGCCAUCAAGGGUGCAUCUGCGUUCAAGUCUGGAAUCAUGUGCUUACCCAUGGUGCUGGCACUCGUGAUCGCGAACAUCCUCACUGGAGUGGGCACGACCACGAUUGGAUACUACACUCCAUUCUACUAUGGGAGUGUGGUGCUCUCUACGAUCGGCGCCGGUCUUUUGACAACCUUUGAAACCACCACCGGCCACGAGAAGUGGAUUGGAUACCAGAUCAUAUACGGCUUUGGGGUUGGACUAGGCAUGCAACAAGCUCUCAUCACCGUCCAGGCUGUUCUGCCCCUGAAGGAUGUGCCCACGGGCACCGCGAUGGUCAUGUUUAUGCAGACCUUCGGCGGCGCUUUAUUUGUGUCGGUCGCCCAAAACAUCUUCAACAACCGCCUCAUGUCGGAAAUCCCCAAACAGGCUCCCGGGAUCAACCCUGCCAUUAUCUUGCACGUGGGGGCGACGAGUCUGAAGAAUGAGAUUCCAAAAGCGGCCCUGCACGGUGUCCAGACGGCGUACAAUACCUCGCUGACGCAGACGUGGUAUAUUGCCGUAGCCAUGACGUGUCUGCAGAUCAUUGGGGCUGUGUUUGUUGAGUGGAAGAGCGUCAAGGGCAUGAAGCCUGGUGGCGUGGCUGCCUAG